AUGCAGACUGGAUCACAACUAUGCAAGAGGAGUUGCAUCAGUUUGAAAGGAACAAGAAACAAUGCAAGGCUUGUGGUUCAAGGCUACGAUCAGGAAGAAGGGAUUGAUUAUGAUGAAACAUUCGCCCCUGUAGCUCGAAUGGAAGCCAUUAGAAUUAUGAUUGCCUUCACAUCUCAUAUGGAUUUCACACAAUUCCAAAUGGAUGUCAAAAGUGCAUUUCUAAAUGGCUAUAUGAAAGAAGAAGUUUAUGUAAAGCAGCCUCCUGGUUUUGAGUAUCACGGACACCCUGAUCAUGUGUUUAAACUAGAUAAGGCUUUGUACGGGUUAAAACAGGCUCCCGGGUCUUGGAAACACACGUCUGGAAUGGCACACUUCCUGGGUUCCUUCUUAAUCUUAUGGGGUACAAAGAAGCAUAACUCUGUGGCACUUUUAACUACAGAAGCUGAAUAUAUAGCAACUGCCUCUUGCUACUGUGUGCCACUCUUAUGUGAUAAUACUAGUGCACUUAACAUGGCAAAAGUCGAGUUCAACAUAAGAGGACCAAGCACAUUGAUGUAUGUCACCACUUCCUCAAAGACAAUGUUCACCAAAUCUUCUCUUCUUCCCACCAUGGCUGAAGAUCAAAUGAUCUCCAGUACUAUCGAGUCCUCACCAGUCGAAACGCCAGCGCCAGACUCUGCUUCUCACACUAUUGAUAACCAAAACCCUAGAACAGAGUCACCCCCACACUUCAUCUCCUCUCCUAUCCAUUUGAUUUCCUGCUCUCACAAGAGUCCCAAGUAUCAAACUCUCGCAGGAGGUGUUGCCCAGAGCUCAUCUCUUACCUCGCCAGAAAAGAAAAAAGGAAGCAAUCGAAAAUAUGCUUCCAUCGCCAAUGAAGGGGUUUUUGUCGGAGGAAGUGAGGACGGUCUUAAGACUCAUGGGGAAGCAUCUGGGCCUGUUGGGGAGGAUAGUGAGCUUGUUCCUGCUGAACCUUCAGCAUAG